AGCGUGUAGGCGGCAGGACAUGCCAUUGGUGGCUUUGAAGGCGCGUCGGCGGGAACAGGGCUGAGGAGACGGCUGUGGAUAUGGGCCGCACCAGAGAGAUGGAUGAGAUUCUGGCCGAGUUUAUCAGGAGGACCAUCUUAAAAAUCCCCAUGGCUAAAAUGAUGACAAUCUUAAAAACCUGGGGGUUUUUGUCUGAAACCCAGUUGCAGACCCUAAACUUCAAGCAGAGAAAAGAAUCUUUGGUUCAGGACUUGCUUCUGCUGUGUGAGGAGAACUGUGCAAGUAUCAACGAUGUGGCCCUUUUAGACAUCGUUUAUACACAAGUUCAUCGGCACCAGAAAAUGUGGGAUGUUUUUCAUAUGAGUAAAGAAACAGAUGAAGAUGUUGACAUUUUUGAUGUGGAAGAAUUCAAAAGCUCAUUUAAGAAAAUUCUUCACAGAGCCUUAAAAAACGUGACAGUGAGCUUCAGGGACACCGAGGAGAAUGCAGUCUGGAUCCGAAUCGCCUGGGGGACUCAGCACAAAAAGCCCAACCAGUACAAACCUACGUACGUGGUGUAUCACUCCCAGACGCCGUUCGCCUUCACCUCUUCCUCCAGGCUGAAGGGCACCGUACCCCUUCUGGGUCAGGCACUGACAGUCGCCAGCAAACACCAUAAGAUCGUGCAAAUGGACCUGAGGAGCCGGCACCUGGACUCUCUCAAGGCAAUCGUUUUCAAACAGUUCAACCAGAUCUUUGAAAAUCACAACUCUACAACACCUCUUCAGGAAAGAACUCUUGGGCUAGAUAUAAACAUGGACUCCAGGAUCAUUCAUGAAAACACCGUAGAAAAAGAGAGGGUCCGAAGAGUAACUGAAGAGACAUUCGGGGUCUGCCCUCAGCCUCAACUAGAAUUUGCUCAGUACAAGCUUGAAACGAAGUUCAAAGGUGACUUAUGUGGGGGCGUCUUGGCCGAGAGAGAAGAGCCCCUCCGGUGCCUGAUAAAGUUCUCCAGCCCGCAUCUUUUGGAAGCACUGAAAUCCUUAGCUCCAGCGGGUAUUGCAGAUGCUCCACUUUCUCCAUUGCUCACUUGCAUACCCAACAAGGCGAUGAAUUAUUUUAAAAUUAGAGAUAAAUAAGAUGUGUGUGGUUUUAUAAGCCAGUGGCUCCUUGAUUAUCUGGCACAUGCAUUCCAGUUAGUGGUGAGCUGGAGAGCGUCUGUCUGUAAACUUGCUUUUUAGAAACGAUCCUUGGUAUUUAAUUCAGAAACAGCCGUGUAAUUAUUGGGACUGUUUCCUCCUCCCUGUUCCACACCCCCACCCUUUCCUGAUAAGUAGAGCAGUUGUGGGCAUCUGAGGUGCCACAGGUAUCUGUAUGGCUCCGGGUUGCUCUCACGUCAUGCGAAUGGCACAGCGGCGGAGCCUGUGGGUGUGAUGUCUGGUGGCGUUUUGCCUACUCCCACAUCUGUGUGAUCUUGGGAGGUCUGGUUCCAGUUGCUGGUUUCUGAGGAUUUUCUGUUAAGCCUUGGAUCACGGAAAGAAGCACCAAGAAGCUAUACCCAACUCAGCACUCCUAGGUAUUGGUCCAUUCAGAGGGUGGGGGUGCGUCUGCUGAGUUGCUAUUGCAGGAGGUUGCAUAUCUGAUGAUUCACUUACAUAAAACAGUUGUGUCACUGUAAAUAUACUUUUCAUAGUCUAAUUUUUUUCAUAGUCUAAUUUUUUCAUAGUCUAAUUUAUCACGUGACAUUCACACUGACAUACUAAUUUGUGAAUAAUAAAGAUACAAUAUUGAAAAACUA